AUGGGAGACUCUCCAAUCCCAGAAGGGAUCUCCUCCCUUCUCGAUACGGAUCUGUACAAAUUGACGAUGCAAUGCGCCGUCUUGAAGUACUUUCCCGACGUUGAGGUUACUUAUGGCUUCACAAAUCGCACUCCGGACAUGAAGCUGUCGCGCCAGGCGUAUAAAUGGUUGCUGGAGCAGAUGGAGCGCCUUGAAAACAUCACCAUCACUCCCGACGAAAUUGACUUUCUCCAAAAAUCUUGCCCCUACUUCAAUGACGCUUACCUCUCAUACUUGCGCAAUUUCCGCCUCAAACCCUCACAACAACUCCAAAUUAAAUUCACACCGGACGACAGCACCAACGACGACGAUACCGCAGUAGGCGUCCUCGAGUACGCUGUCUCCGGCCUCUGGGUUGAAACCAUUCUCUACGAAAUCCCUUUACUCGCACUGACGAGCGAAGCAUACUUCAAAUUCUGCGACACAGACUGGAACCACAACGGGCAGGAAGAAAAAGCAUAUGCCAAGGGCAUGACAUUACUCGAGCACGGCUGCAUAUUCUCUGAGUUCGGCUCGCGACGCAGACGCGAUUAUCAUACCCACGACCUUGUGAUGAAGGGACUUUGCCGAGCUGCCGAAGAUGCGCAACAGAAGGGGUUUCCGGGGAAGUUUUCAGGGACAAGUAAUGUGCAUUUUGCGAUGAAGUAUAGCGUUGCGCCGGUGGGGACGGUGGCUCAUGAAUGGUAUAUGGGGAUUGCGGCUUAUACGAAUGAUUAUGAGAAUGCAAAUGAAAUGGGGUUGAGGUAUUGGUUGGGAUGUUUCGGGGAGGGCGUGCUGGGCGUCGCGCUGACAGAUACAUUCGGUACACCAGCGUUCCUGGAAGCAUUCAGCAAACCCAUCCCAGACUACACCACACCCAGCCGAGGCUUAGAGGCAACAUUCCCUUCCAGCGCCGCAACAACAGAAAUCAACACACCCGAAAGCCUCGCAGACAUCAAACCGCCUAUUUCAGCACCAUCGCAUCACACCCCCAAACAAGCGCCACAAAAGACAUACGCGCAGGUCUUUACGGGUAUCCGUCAAGACUCAGGCGAUCCCAAAAACUUUGUCAAACUCGUUCGCGAGUUUUACGACAAGCAAGGCAUAACCGAGAAGAAAGUGAUUGUCUUCUCAGACUCGCUCAAAGUGGACAAUUGUCUAGAAUACAAGGCUAUAUCCGAACAAGCUGGGUUUCAGCCUACAUUUGGCGUGGGAACGUUUUUCACUAAUGACUUUACCAAACUCUCAACAAACGCAAAGUCCAUCCCACUCAAUAUCGUCAUCAAAAUCGCUUCUGCGGGUGGUCGUCCCGCCGUGAAACUGAGCGACAAUCUAGGUAAAAACACCGGCGAUAAGCAAUUGGUGCAGGAGGUGAAGAGACGCUUGGGGUAUGUGGAGAGCGUUUGGGAGGACGGGAAUGAGGCUACGCGGUGGGGGAAGAAGGGUGAUUGA